AUGGCUACACAGCAAUCCCAGAGUAUACAGACCCUACUUGAGGCCGAGAAAGAGGCCGCAAAGGUCGUCCAGCGGGCGCGCCAAUAUCGCGUCCAGAAACUCAAGGAUGCACGGUCUCAGGCCACGAAGGAGAUAGAAGAAUACAAGAGGCUCAAGGAAUCUGAGUUUCAGGCGUUCGAGGCAUCGCACGCUGGAAACACUCAAUCCUCGCAGACCGCCGUCGACCAGGAGACGCAGAUUAAGCUCCAAGAGAUUAGCGAGGCGUACUACGCGAACAAGGACCAGGUCGUGGCCAAGCUCCUGGACCGCGUCGUCCUCGUCAAGCCGGAGCUGCACCGCAACCUGAAGAAAGCGUCAUGA